UGUCUCUAUGGAGCCCUUGCAAACUCGACGUGCGAUAUCACCGAUCUGUCGUGCAUGUGCACCAACCAACCGUUCCAAGAUGAUGCCAAAAUCUGCAUCAAGAGUGCAUGUUCUUUCUCGGAUGCACUCUUCGUCAAGAACGUGACCGAGACAGCCUGCGGAGCCCCCGUCCGAGACAAAUCGAACCGAUUCAAUGCCACGAUUAUUCCUCUAGGCGCCAUCGCAAUCUUCGUCACCAUGUCACGACUGGUUUUCAAACUCUUUUUCAGUCGAACACAAGCCCUCAGCCCCAACGAUUGGGCAAUCGCCGCGACAUUGGCCAUCUCAGUGUCGGGUCUGGUGAUAGGCAUCAAGUGUCUAACAGUCCAUGGGCUGGGCAGAGAUAUCUGGACACUGACGACUCACGAAAUAUCAAAAUUCGCUCUGUACUUCUAUGUAAUGACCAUUCUGUACUUCAUGGCCAUGUCUUUUAUCAAGCUCAGCCUGUCGCUCUUCUACCUCAACAUCUUUUUCGACAACAUCAGUCCGUAUAUCCUCUGGGGGACGGUCGCGUUCAACGCACUAUACGGUAUUGCAUUCUUGUUUGCAGCGAUAUUCCAGUGCGCGCCGGUGGACUACUACUGGACACAAUACCUGGGGGGAUACAGUGGCACGUGUGUCGACAUAAAUGCUCUGGGAUGGGUCAACGCCGCAACCGGCGUCGCAGUCGAUAUCUGGAUGAUCGCCAUGCCCCUGAGCCAAGUCAUUCAUCUGAGACUACAUUGGAAGAAGAAGGUUGGCGUGGUAAUCAUGUUUUUACUUGGGACAUUUGUCACGGUGGUUUCCAUCCUUCGUCUUCAAUCGUUGCUUCACUUCGCCAACUCCAAUAAUCCGACCUGGGACCAAUGGUUUGUUGCGUUUUGGUCUAUAAUCGAAGUCAACGUCGGCAUGAUAUGCACUUGCCUCCCUACCCUUCGCUUGAUCUUGGUUCGCUUGUGUCCCAAUAUCUUCGGGACG